AUGUUGGCUCGUUUUAUUGGUAAAUCUACUACAACACCAGUGGGUGUAUACGCUUCUACUGUAUCAAAAAGAUACUCUUCUAUCAUCUCUGUUCAUAGAGACACCAAAGAAGACAACCCAAAUAUACCAUUUGAGUUUAAUUCAGAAAACAAAAAAAGAGCCGAAGAAAUAAUUGCUAAAUAUCCUCCACAAUACAAAAAAGGUGCAUGCAUGCCAUUAUUGGAUUUGGGACAACGUCAACUAGGAUUUACUUCUAUUUCAGUGAUGAACUAUGUUGCCAAAUUAUUAGAUAUGCCACCAAUGAGAGUGUAUGAAGUAGCAACAUUUUAUACUAUGUACAAUAGACAUCCAAUGGGGAAAUACAAUUUGCAAGUUUGUACCACUACGCCUUGCCAAUUAUGUGGAAGUGACGGUAUUAUGAAAGCAAUUACUGAUUAUUUGAAAAUUAAACCAGGCCAAACCACCCCAGAUAAAUUGUUCACUUUACAAGAGGUUGAAUGUUUAGGUGCUUGUGUUAAUGCACCAAUGAUUGCAAUCAACGAUGAUUACCAUGAAGAUUUGACCCCAGAAGCCACUAUAAACUUGUUGAAACAAUUACAAGAGGGUAAAGAGUUAACUGAAAUUGGACCAGUGGAUGGUAAGAGACAAUCAUGUGAACCUUUCAGUGGACCAAAGGUGUUGUUGAACAAGGAACCUAAUGAUAUAAGAAAAUUCACUAGAGCUGAUUUGUAA